AAUUCUGGAUAUGGCAUAUAAAAUUCCAGUAUUUUAUUUUGAAAAAUUGGAAUCAGGUACCUUGAGUUUCUAUCUACAACCAGGUCUACAGUACUACAUCCCCUUCCCCAAACAACCAUUAGUGACCUCCACAGGCUCUGUCCACGUUCACAAAUAUUGAUAGAGCCACCCAAUUUAAUUAACAUAUGACUUUAUUUUGAAAAAAAUGGAAUCAGGUACCCUGAGUUUCUAUCUACAUCCCUGGUCUACAGUACUAACACCUGUUAUAGCCCAGCCUUCCCCAAAACAACCAUUAGUGACCUCUACAUCUCUGUCCACGUUAACAAAUAUUGAUUGAGCCACCAAGUGCCAUUCACCUUCAACAUAUUUACAGAAUCUGGAAAACAGAAUGUAUACAGUAUAAUAGGAUGUCAAGGAAAACUGCACUUUAUUGGCUGCUGUUAUACCAGUGUUGUGUUCAAAGUUUUAAAGCUUUAUCAGGAAAGACUUGAGGGCAAAGUGCAUCAAAUAUCAGCUAUCAUCAAGCUAUGGGACAUGCAGAUUAAUCAAUAAUCUCAUUCAGGGUUAUUAGUUAUGGGUUUAUGACCAAGACUGUGAUAUAUUACUGGGUGGCUUUUUGUUUCUGAGUGCUCUUCACUGCUGUCUCAGGAUGAUGAAGCUAGUGCUGCUGUUCCUGACGCUGUCAGGCCUCCAAGCUGCCCCAAUUGUAGUCCCCAGAGGUUUGCAGAAGACAUCUUCAACCUACCAGCUCCCCGAUGGCUUUCGACAGGGCACUGAACACUCUGACAUCCGUGAACCGGUUCCUGGCGGCUUCCGACAGGGUACCGAGCCCUCCAGGAGAUUCAUUGUUGACCUCAACACCGGCGAGGUGCAGGAACACAUCAGUGAGAUGGAGAGAAGACACUGGCUGACAAAUGAGGUCCCUGAAGAUGUUCCAGUCCAGAAGAAUGGUGGUGGUUGGGUCCGAGUGGAGGAACCCUCUGUUCCCCAGCUCCCAGAAGGUUUCAGACAGGGAACAGAACCCAUUAGGUCUAUCCCAGCUGGUUUCAGACAGGGAACCGAGCCCAUUAGGUCUAUCCCAGAUGGUUUCAGACAGGGAACCGAACCCAUUAGUUCUAUCCCAGAUGGUUUCAGACAGGGAACCAAACCCAUGGGGUCUAUCCCAGCUGGUUUCAGACAGGGAACCGAACCCAUGAGGUCCAUCCCAGAUGGUUUCAGACAGGGAACCGAACCCAUGGGGUCUAUCCCAGCUGGUUUCAGACAAGGGACUGAACCUGUUCAUAAGGUCCCAGAGGGUUUUAGGCAGGGAACAGAAGCAUCUUUUCACAUCGCAGACGGCUUUAGGCAGGGAACCGAGCCCAUGGGGUCUAUCCCAGCUGGUUUCAGGCAGGGAACAGAACCCAUCAGGUCUAUCCCAGCUGGUUUCAGGCAGGGAAUCGAACCCAUCAGGUCUAUCCCAGCUGGUUUCAGACAGGGAACCGAACCCAUGAGGUCUAUCCCAGCUGGUUUCAGACAGGGAACCGAACCCAUGAGGUCUAUCCCAGAGGGUUUCAGACAGGGAACCGAACCCGUGGGGUCUAUUCCAGCUGGUUUCAGACAGGGAACCAAGCCCAUUCUUACAAUCCCAGAGGGCUUUAGACAGGGAACUGAACGCUCCACCUCUGGGCUCCAGACCAAGACGGUGGCAUGUAAGGGGGAGGUCAUCAACGGAAACUGCUAUGAGUUCAACCCCACGUUGCUGGCCUUCCAAGAUGCACAGGCCUUAUGCAGAGCUCUCGCCCCAAAUGCUGAGCUUGCAUCUGUAACCACUGGCGAUCUGCAUUCCCGUCUGGUCUCCCUGGUAACCAAGGGAGGCAAAAGCAACCCCGUGUUGACCUGGCUUGGAGGCACGGUCAAGAACCAGCAGGCGUCCUGGCUGGACGGGUCAGAGUGGAGUUAUAGCGACUGGAUGCCGGGUCACCCCAACAUUCACACUGAUAAACCCGUCUGUGUGGAGAUGUUCAAGAUGGAUGAGAGCUGGUGGACGGCCGCCGACUGUGAACUGACGAGAGCGUCCAUCUGUUCUUACCAGAUCACUGCAUGAAAAACACAAAGAAACAGCAAAAGAGGAUGACUCUCUUUGAUUUGUUCCCUCUUAACAAUCUUACAGACAUUAUGUUUCCAUUUCUUUGGGCUACAUUCGUCUGCAUCUAUCUGCAUUUCCUCGAAUAAAACUAAGCAUAUUA